CACUCUAGAAACUGCUUUUUCUGAAGCUGCUGCUGAUCUCUCUUAACCGCUUCCCUCCACCACCACCGCCUUCUUUCUCUCUAAUGUACCUCUAGGGCUUCACUUCUUGCUCAACAACAAUGGAUUUCAUCUCUACAAACUAUGCCAACGCAGUUCCUUUCUCUACUGACCACAAAUACGCGCCAUCUCAAGCUCCUUUCCAUGCCGCGGUGCUGAAAAGGAGCAAGAAGAGAUCGUUGCCUGUGCGAGUCUCCAAUUUUGCGGCAGCGGCUUCGGAAGCCGGGGGUUUGGUUAAUGGCGCCACGGUGAGGAGGAGCUUAGCAGCGACGAGAGAGAACGAGGCCCGGGCCUUGCAAUUGGGCAAGUCCAGCAGUGCCUUGGAGCAGCUCGACAUCGAGCGUGGCGUUUGCGUGCCAUUUCGCAAGUACUCUCCCGAGACAGUGAGAAAUAAGGUAUUGGAAUCCAGAGGGGCUGUUUUGUCGCUAAUUUCUCGAGGUGUGGAGAUAGUGUGGAAUUUGGGGUUUUACUGGUCUUCGUUGAUGUAUGAUUGCUUUGUUGGAAGAGAUGAAGAAGUUGUUCCUUAUCGUGCUCGGCAGCUUAGGACUCUCCUGUGUGAUUUGGGACCUUCUUUUAUCAAAGCAGGCCAGGUUCUUGCAAAUAGACCUGAUAUCAUUAGAGAAGAUUAUAUGAAUGAACUUUGCAUUCUUCAAGAUGAUGUUCCUCCUUUCCCCAAUAAGGUCGCUUUCAACAUCAUAGAAGAGGAAUUGGGCCAACCACUUGAAGCUGUUUUCAGUAAAAUUUCGUCGCAGACAAUAGCAGCUGCAAGUUUGGGUCAAGUGUACCGAGCUACUUUACGUGCCUCUGGAGAGGAUGUGGCUAUUAAGGUCCAAAGACCCCAGAUAGAGCCUCUAAUUUAUCGGGAUCUUUUUCUAUUUCGUACUCUUGCUUCAUUUUUGAACGGCAUCAGUCUACAAAAACUAGGGUGCAAUGCAGAGCUGAUAGUUGAUGAAUUUGGCGAAAAGCUUUUGGAGGAGCUUGAUUACACACUGGAAGCCCGUAACAUUGAAGAUUUUCUUGAGAACUUCAAGGACGAUCCAACUGUCAAAAUUCCUCGGGUUUACAAGCAACUUUCAGGGUCACGUGUUCUUGUAAUGGAGUGGAUUGAUGGCAUCCGGUGCACUAAUCCACAGGCUAUUAAGGAAGGUGGCAUCGAUGUAAAUGGAUUUUUAACAGUUGGAGUUAGUGCCGCUUUGCGGCAAUUGCUUGAAUUUGGGUUAUUUCAUGGAGAUCCACACCCUGGAAAUAUUUUUGCCAUGCGUGAUGGACGUAUUGCAUAUGUGGACUUUGGGAAUGUUGCAGUGCUUAGUCAGCAAAAUAAACAGAUCUUGAUUGAUGCUGUUGUCCAUGCUGUAAAUGAGGACUAUGUUGAGAUGGCAAAUGAUUUCACCAGGCUUGGCUUCCUGACUCCUGGGACUGAUGUCUCUCCCAUAAUCCCAGCUUUAGAAGCAAUCUGGCAGAACUCUUCUGGAAAAGGACUCUCUGAUUUUAAUUUUCGAAGUGUUACUGGGAAAUUUAAUCAAUUGGUUUACAAUUAUCCGAUCCGUAUCCCAGAGAGGUUUUCACUUGUCAUCCGUUCCUUAUUGACUCAAGAGGGAAUCUGUUUCACUCUACAGCGGGACUUCAAAUUUCUAGAGGUUGCCUAUCCAUAUGUGGCAAAGCGCCUCUUAACAGACCCAAAUCCUGCUCUUCGUGAACGCCUCAUACAGGUUCUGUUCAAAGAUGGUGUUUUCCAGUGGAAACGGCUUGAAAACCUUAUUGUUCUUGCUAAGGAAAAUGUUGCCAAGAUGAGCAGCAACCCGGCAUUGCAAGUAAAGCAAAAGAAAAGUUCAAGAGACUGGCAAUUUGAAAAAAAACUAGACCUCACAGAUACAAUCAAAGAUGGAGCUCGCCUUUUCCUUGUUGAUGAAGGAAUUCGUAGAAAGCUUCUUCUUGCUUUGACUGAAGACUCGAAGCUUCACAUUCAGGAGCUUGUGGAUGUUUAUAGACUGGUGGAAGGCGAUAUAGACAUACCUUCAGUAGCUGUGGAAGUAGUACGAGACUUUCCAGCUGUUGUUCGGGAUGUCAUACUCUCCUGGAGUCAAUCAGUUUUAGCUGACAGGUGAUUUAAAGCUUUUGGCUUGCUGCAUAACAAAAAGAACCUUGUUUCAUACCAGAUGAGUAUCAUACAAUGUCGACUUUUACAUCAUUCUUUAUGUAGGUAGUAGAGCUUGUUGUUACAAGUUGUAAAGGCCAAGGAAAUGUUAUUAUAAGAAAAAAGAAAAAUUCAUAUUGCUUC